AUGGGGAAAACAAAAACUAGCGACUACGAGCAAUUCAACUCGACGUCCGGUAUCACAGACCCGGUCUGGGUACACGGUGAUCCAUUUAAUAAUCGACCGGAUGUUCGCGCCCUGACCGAGGACAUCGAAACGGAUGUCUGCAUUAUCGGCGCCGGCAUAGCCGGAAUAUCUACCGCGUAUGAGCUCGCCAAGCGCGGUAAGGAUGUCGUACUCCUAGAAGCCCGGGACAUUCUAUCCGGUGAGACGGGUAGGACAAGCGGUCAUUUGUCGAACGCGCUAGAUGAUACGUAUCCCGAGAUCGCGAAGAAACACGGAGAGAGCGGGGCUAAAGUCGCUGCUGAAAGUCACACUUGGGCAUUAAAUCGCGUCGGUGAGAUCGCCAAGGAGUUGGGUAUUAACUGCGAAUACCGCCAUUUGCCAGGAUACCGCGUAUCGCAAUAUCAGUGCGGUACGGAGGAGUAUAAGAAGGAUAUUGAGGGUAUCAAAGAAGACGUCGAACUAGCCAAGAUACUAGGAAUCAAUGCCACUUUCGACGCGAAUCUAACAAUCAAAGGCUGGGAUGGUAAGCCCGAUCAGCGCGGCGGCGCGGUAUUUGCUAAACAAGCUGCCUUCCACCCCACCAAAUACCUCAAUGGUAUCCUAGACUGGCUUCACAACCAGGAACGGUUUCAAUACUUCGCGAGAACACGCGUAAUGUCUGUCGAAGAGAAAGGUGUUGAAGUACUUGGCCUGGGUCAUAAGCACUGCGAAGUAGAAGUUGAAGCCGGCUACAAGGUACACUGCGCACAUGCUGUCGAGGCCACUGUCGUACCGCUCCAGAAACUUAGCGUCAUCGCACAGAUGGAGUGGAAUCGUACGUAUUGCGUCGCGCUACGCGUACCUAAGGGUUCAAUCGAUGAUGUCUUGUUGUACGAUACGGCGGAUCCGUAUCGAUACACGCGUCUCACCCCUUGCGAUUCCAAACAUGAUUACCUGAUCGUGGGUGGCGAGGACCAUAAAGUGGGCCAGGAAGACCCGAGGGGUCGAUUUGAGGCGCUCGAGCAGUGGACCCGAGAGCGCUUCACCCAUGCUGACCCCACCAACGCGUACCAGUGGAAUGGACAAAUCUUCGAACCCGUAGAUUAUAUGGCGUAUAUUGGGAAGAAUCAGGGUAACGAUCGUAUUUAUAUUGUUACUGGUGACUCUGGCAACGGGCUUACCCACGGAGUUUUGGCCGGCCGGUUAAUUGCGGAUGAAAUUUCCGGAGAACCGAACUCGUGGAGUGAUCUCUACUCGCCAAAGCGUCUAAGCAGUGUCGUGAAAUCCGCGCCGACCAUGAUCCAAAACGAUCUUGAGGCCAAUGCGCAGUACAAACGACUCUUGCAAUCCGAUAUUACGGACAUCGAAGAUUUGAAGCCCGGAUGUGGCGGUGUGCUAAACCCAACGGCGUCGAAGCCUAUUGCCGUAUACAAAGAUGAGGAUGGGCAAGUGACGAAGAUGAGCGCGUUGUGCCCACACAUGGGAGGCGUGGUAUGUUGGAAUAGCGUUGAGAAGUCAUGGGAUUGUCCUGUACAUGGAAGUCGAUUCGGGUCAAGAGGAUUAUCCGUUCAAGGUCCUGCUAAAGCAAAUCUCGCUAAAGCGUAG